GUUCAAAAGCGAACGCGGACGUGUGUCGGUCGUUGCAGCCGUCGCUCGCUACGCCUACGCUGUCGUUCUCUGUGUCCGUCUUCUGAUUGCAAAAAGCAGAAGCAGCAGCAGCCAAGAAAAUUAAUAACAAAUUUUCUUUUCGCGUGUGUGUAUGUUUACUGAACGACGCGUUCAAAACAACAAAAAAAUAGUUUGAAUAAAAAGCAGAAAAUCGCAGAAAAAAUUUGUUUUCUUUUUUUUUUAAUUUUUGUUAUUGUUGUUGGCUUUGUUAUUAUUGUUGUUAAUCGUGCACAGCUGCUGGGAAUAGAUAUGUCAUAGACGCCAGCGACGCCUCAGCCAUGCGCAACAGAAGCAGCAGCGGCAACAACAUCAGCCAGAACAACAACAACAACAACAACCACAACAACAACAACAAUCGAUGAUUGCCUCAGUGUAAGAAAUAGAUUAAAAAGCGAAGCGAGAGAGAGAGAGAAGUUGAACUAAAACCCGCCGUAAUUAACCAAAGACGCUGACCAAUUUAAUAAACAGUUCAAAAUGUUGAUCAAAGAAUACCGCAUACCUCUGCCCCUCACUGUCGAGGAGUAUCGCAUUGCGCAACUGUACAUGAUAGCGAAAAAGAGCCGCGAGGAGAGCCAUGGCGAGGGCAGCGGCGUUGAGAUCAUCAUCAAUGAACCAUAUAAAGAUGGACCUGGCGGUAAUGGGCAGUAUACAAAAAAGAUCUAUCAUGUGGGCAGCCAUUUGCCGGGCUGGAUCAAAAGUCUGUUGCCCAAGAGCGCGUUGACCGUUGAGGAGGAGGCGUGGAAUGCGUAUCCUUAUACGCGCACUCGCUACACUUGUCCCUUUGUGGAGAAGUUCUCGCUGGACAUUGAGACCUAUUACCAUCCGGACAAUGGUUAUCAGGACAAUGUGUUUCAGCUUUCGGGAAGUGAUCUGCGUAAUCGCGUUGUGGAUGUCAUUGAUAUUGUCAAGGAUCAACUGUGGGGUGGAGACUAUGUCAAGGAAGAGGAUCCCAAGCAUUUUGUGUCGGACAAGACAGGACGUGGUCCGCUUGGCGAUGACUGGCUGGAGGAAUAUUGGCGUGAGGUGAAGGGCAAAAAGCAGCCGACAUCACGAAAUAUGUCCCUGAUGACGGCCUAUAAGAUUUGUCGGGUUGAGUUCCGCUAUUGGGGCAUGCAAACCAAGCUGGAGAAGUUCAUACACGAUGUGGCAUUGCGUAAGACAAUGCUGCGUGCUCAUCGCCAGGCGUGGGCGUGGCAGGAUGAAUGGCAUGGCCUAACCAUCGAGGAUAUACGCGAGCUGGAGCGUCAAACCCAAUUGGCACUGGCCAAGAAAAUGGGCAGCGGCGAGGAAUGUAGCGAUGCAGAAAGCAUCUCAGAGCCGUAUGUGAGCAGUGCAACCACAGCACCACCGUCGAGUGCUGGCGAGCGGAAAAAGUCCGCUCCGGCUGUGCCACCAAUUGUCACCCAACAACCACCCAGCGCCGAGGUCAGCUCCGAUGAGGACGAUGACGACGAUGAGGAUGAGGAUGAAAACGAUGGUGUCGGCACCAGCGUUGAGCUUGGCGCCCAAAGCACCAGCAACAAUCAACGUUCGCGCUCCCAAAGCAUUCAGUUGGCCAACAAGGCAAAGUUUGGCUCAAAGGGUGCCCUUCACUCUCCGGUGGGUUCGGCGCAUAGUUUCGAUUUGCAGCCCACAAAACCGCAUACAAAGACAGCGCCAACUCGACGACAUGUCGCCAACUGGCGCAUGGAACGCCUGGAGGUGGACUCCAAAUCCAACUCAGAUGAGGAGUUCUUUGAUUGUCUGGACACAAAUGAGACCAACUCGCUGGCCAAAUGGAGUUCCUUGGAGCUGUUGGGCGAGGGCGAUGACAGUCCGCCGCCGCACGGUGGCAGCUCCAGUGGCAGCGGUGGUGUUGGCGGCGUCGGCGUUGGCAUUGGCGGACGCCACAGGCAGGAGGAUAGCAUAUUUAAUCAGGACUUUCUAAUGCGUGUCGCCUCGGAGCGCGGCAAUAAGCGUCAAUUACGCUCCUCGGCGAGCAUCGAUCGCAGUCAUGAUUCAUCGCCACCAGGAUCACCGAGUACACCAUCUUGCCCCACCACCAUACUGAUAAUGGUGGUGCACGCUGGCAGCGUAUUGGAUGCGGCCAGUGAGCUGACAGCCAAGAAAUCGGAUGUUACCACAUUCCGUGGCUCAUUCGAGGCCGUAAUGCGUCAGCAUUAUCCCAGCCUCUUGACACAUAUGACCAUCAAAAUGGUACCGUGUCCAUCUAUUUGCACCGACGCCCUCGGCAUCCUGUCCAGCCUCAGUCCAUACUCAUUUGAUGCGUCGCCAUCGGCGGCGGAUAUACCAAAUAUUGCGGAUGUGCCCAUUGGAGCCAUCCCAUUGCUGGCGGUGGCAUCACCCGAGUUCCAGGAGACGGUCAACAAGACGGUGGCUGCUGCCAAUAUUGUCUAUCAUGAGUUCCUUAAAUCGGAAGAGGGUCACGGCUUCUCCGGUCAAAUAGUCAUGCUGGGUGACUCGAUGGGUUCCCUGCUCGCCUACGAGGCACUUUGUCGCUCCAAUGGCAGCCAGCCAAAUGCCAACAAUCAGUCACAGGCUCCGGGUCAUGGAUCCAUCAGCGUUGGCGGCGAUUGCAGUCGCAUGUCUCGCAUGGACGAUGAUGAGCGAUUUAUUGACUCGGAUUUGGAUGCAAAGCGUUUGCUGGUUGCACCAUCACCACGUCGUCGUCGCUCCAGCUCAUCCAGCGAUUCGAGAGCCACCAAAUUGGACUUUGAAGUCAGUGAUUUCUUCAUGUUCGGCUCACCGUUGUCCGUCGUAUUGGCAGCACGCAAAUUACACGAUGCAAAGGCGGCACUCGCCCGUCCCAACUGCCAUCAGGUGUACAAUCUGUUCCAUCCAACCGAUCCCAUUGCUUCCCGACUGGAGCCACUGCUCAGUGCACGUUUCUCCAUUUUGUCGCCGGUCAAUGUGCCGCGUUAUGCCAAAUAUCCGUUGGGCAAUGGUCAACCCCUGCAUUUAUUGGAAGUCAUACAAUCGCAUCCGCAGCAUUUCAAUGAUGGCAAUAAUCUGCUUGCCGGCAGACGCCUCUCCGAUGCCUCCAUGCAGAGCACCAUUUCGGGUCUCAUAGAGAAUGUCUCGCUAAGUACUAUACACUCCCUUCAGAACAAAUGGUGGGGCACCAAGCGUUUGGAUUAUGCCCUGUAUUGCCCGGAGGGAUUGAGUAAUUUUCCCGCACACGCUCUGCCGCAUCUGUUCCAUGCCAGCUAUUGGGAAAGUCCCGAUGUGAUUGCCUUUAUAUUGCGACAAAUUGGCAAAUUUGAGGGUAUACCGUUUGUGGGAUCCAACGAUGACAAGGACAACGCCUCGUUCCAUCCGGGUCAGCCGCGUGAGAAGUGGAUCAAGAAGCGUACAUCGGUCAAGCUGAAGAAUGUGGCGGCCAAUCAUCGGGCCAACGAUGUCAUUGUCCAGGAGGGUCGGGAGCAGCGUUUGAAUGCGCGUUUCAUGUACGGUCCAUUGGAUAUGAUAACGCUGCAUGGCGAGAAGGUGGAUGUGCAUAUUAUGAAGGAUCCGCCGGCGGGUGAAUGGACAUUCCUAACCACCGAAAUGACCGAUAAAAAUGGACGCAUCUCAUACAUAAUACCCGAUCAAUUGUCACUCGGCUAUGGCAUCUAUCCGGUCAAAAUGGUGGUCCGUGGCGAUCACACCUCUGUUGAUUGUUAUAUGGCCGUGGUGCCGCCACUGACCGAAUGUGUUGUAUUCAGCAUCGAUGGUUCCUUCACGGCAUCCAUGUCAGUGACCGGACGUGAUCCGAAAGUACGCGCCGGCGCCGUCGACGUCUGUCGUCAUUGGCAGGAGCUGGGCUAUUUGCUAAUCUAUAUUACCGGACGACCCGAUAUGCAACAACAGCGUGUUGUCUCCUGGCUAAGCCAGCACAAUUUCCCGCACGGCCUCAUCUCAUUCGCCGAUGGCCUGUCCACCGAUCCGCUGGGACACAAGACCGCCUAUCUUAACAAUUUGGUGCAAAAUCACGGAAUCUCAAUUACAGCCGCCUACGGCAGCAGCAAGGAUAUUAGUGUCUACACCAAUGUGGGCAUGCGACACGAACAAAUCUUUAUUGUUGGCAAGGUCAGCAAGAAAUUGCAAUCGAAUGCGACGGUACUGAGCGAGGGUUAUGCAGCCCAUUUGGCUGGUCUCCAGGCAGUCGGUGGCUCCCGGCCGGCAAAGGGUAAUGCUCGCAUGGUCAUACCACGUGGCUGCUUUAAUCUUCCGGGUCAAUCGGCGAAUCCGCGACGCAGAAGGCUGCAUGAACAAGCAACGAAUGAAGUUUAAAAAGUUUACCAACACUGUAGUUGUAAUUUACAUUAGAUAACAACAAACAAAGAAAAAAAAAAAAAACAACAAACCCAAAAAUAAAAAGAGAGAGAGAGCGCAAAUUGGUGUUUAGUGUUCAAAAGUUAUUGAUAUUCUUUUCAGUUGAGUUGAGUUGAAUUGAUUUGUUAGUUACGUUUAUUUUAAGUGCAUAUUAGCUGAACAUUUAAUUAAAUUGGUGUUGUGCAGAAAAAAAAAACAAAACAAAAUCCAUAUUUGGAUAAAAAGCUAAAAACUGUCUCAACAUUAACUCUGUCUCUUUUUUAAAAACUCCAAACGCCAACUUUAUUCUAUUCUAUUCAA